ACAUGUAAAAUGGCCGACUUCUGUACAGGCGGGCGACGUGUGGGUUAAUAAAGUGCCCGACUAAAUUUUGAAAUAGCUGUCGAAAAUACGAAAAAUUACGUUAAUGUGUUUCAUAUGAGAAAGAAGAACGGUCAAACGAUCAGAAAAUGCAGAAUGGUGGACAGAAGAAAGCGACAGGCUCGCGUAAAGAGAGUAAAACUGUGAGUAAGAUUAACGUGCCGAACACACACGCAAAUGCAAAUUCUGCAAUAGAAAAGGCUCAACUCCUCGCCUCACUUCAACAAGAUUUAAUGGCCGAAUUAUCAGGAAGCGAGGAGGGUGAAGUAUCAGAGGUUGAAUCUUUCAUCUUGGAUCAGGAGGAGCUGGAGAGUGGACCUACCAUUGAGAUUGCCAACAAACUCCUGAGGCUGGACAGAGAGGGACACCCAGACCUAAGGGCUGUGGAUCCCGAUACCUUGGAAGCAUUCCUAGAUGCAGCAGGUAUCGAUAAGCUCGGAGGGCCAUUCGAUGGGAAGAUUGAGGCUUAUGACCCAGAGAUCCUUGGGAGAUUAACGUCUUCUGUCAGCUCUGCCCUGGACCAAGCGGAGGCCGCCCUCUAUGGCAUCAACAAGGAGAACACCGUCCUUCCAGGCCAACAUACUGAAGGGUAUGUAAAAAAAAAAAGUAGCCCUUGUACAUUGUAAAAGAGUGCCCUUUAAGACUCUCCUAUUGAUAUUUAUAGGUUCCUGUGCUGGGAUCAAAAGUCUAAGUUGAUACUUUGUAACUUCUUUCUCAUAGUGUCUCAGCAGUCAGAGUCUGGUAUUCCAAUAGGAAAUGUCUGGAACGUGAACCCUUGAUUUUUUUCCAAAGUCAGGUUUCAUUUUUCAACAACUAAAAUUCUGAGAAUAAGGGUAAACCCACAUUGAAUAUGUGGAAAGAUGUUAAGAGUAAAUUCAAUUUGAUGCAAGGAAUGUGGGAAGAUGAUCCAUGGGAGAUGCACAAAGCUGAAGAUGCGACUCCAUGCUUGGCAAGGGAUUCUGCGUAUGGAAGAUGCCAGAAGAGUUGGAAGAGCUGUAGGAAAUUCAUGAGGGCGAUUUUCGCCCACAUAACAGCCCAAAUCGCCCCUAAAAUUUCCUCAAAAUGCGUGUUUUGGAGCGACUGUUCUUUCGAGAUCGCCCAAAGAUCUGUCAAAAACAAUAUUCAAUAUUCCUUAGAAAAUCAGAAUUCUAACUGGCAGAAUAAUGAUACUUCCUUUUACUGCAUGAUUGCUUGUUACUCCUAAAAAAGUAGCCCUGAAAAUGAAGUAAUAAGCCCCCAAAAUCCUGCAAUUGCCCCCAGUGAGGAAAAAAGAUAGCCCCUAAGAAAUGAAAAUUAUUUCCUUCCCUGGUUGGAAGGAAGGGAAGGACAGGAGGAAAAGUUGUAUGAUCAGUAAAGGAAUUCUUAUACCAAGGAGACCAGGUAGGUAUGGGUGGUGCAGGCGUAAUUUCGGAACCACGUACCCGGGUAUCACAAAUUUGGUCUCAAAAGACUGAAGUAAAAAGUCGGCGAGCGGCGUGGUAAAAAAAAUAAUGUGCAAAAUGUUGAGGGGGGCCUCUGAGGCCCCCCCCCCCCCCCCACCUAGAUAGGGUUAAGUUUUUAAAGUGUCAUCUUACAUGUAACUACUUUCCCUAUCGCAGAAAACUAAUAUAUACCAUUACCAAAUGUCAGCAAAUAGAUGAAUGAAAUUAUGGGUCACUAGGCGAAGGUCAAAGUUCAUUUGAGGUCAAUUAACUUUAUUAUUGUUUAUAUGAAUGUUUUUUAUUGUUGGGAAAAUUGUUCAUUUAAGUAGUUUGUUCAGUCAGCACCGCUGCUAUAUUGAAUCUGGUAAUGCAAGAUAGACCGCCAUUGGCUUUCCACUUGUUGAUUAGUUGACACCAAAGGACAUGGUGAGAAUCAAAGACUUCUUUUUGUGUCUAAGGUGUUUUGCUCUGCUGGUUUUUCUUUAGAGCAUUUGGUGGUGGAUGUGAGGGGGCUGUGACAGCUAGAGCAAGGUAUGGGUAUAAAUGAAGUUUAGAGAAUGUAGAGAACUGUUACAUGGGAUAAUGUUCAUUUGAAGAUGAGAGGAAAUGAUUGAUGUUAAGAGUUGUCUAAGUUUGAUGAUGUUGAAUGGGAGUGAGACUUGGGCCCGAAUUCACAAAGGUGGUUUUGAAAACCCACGGUUGAAUCCAUGGUUUAUGCAGAUUUCCUGUAACCAUAAGGUUAAUCAAGUAUUACUGAACAUCCUGCCUGAGUUUCAGGUCACAUGACCAAGGUCAAAGGUCAUUUAGGGUCAAUGAACUUAGACCAUGUUGAGGGAAUCAACAUCAAAAUCUUAACCUAAGGUUAAGUUUUUGAAUUACCAUCAUAACUUUGAAAGUUUAUGGAUCUGAUUCAUGAAACUUAGACAUAAGAGUAAUCAAGUAUCACUGAACAUUCUGUGCGAGUUUCAGGUCACAUGAUCAAGGUCAAAGGUCAUUUAAUGUCAAUGAACUAUGGCCAUGUUGGGGGUAUUUGUUGAAUUACCAUCAUAUAUCUGUAAGUGUAUUGGUCUAGUUCAUAAAACGUGGACUUAAGAGUAACCAAGUAUCACUGAACAUCUUGUGCGAGUUUCAGGUCACAUGACCAAGGUCAAAGGUCAUGUAAUGUCAAUGAACUAAGGCCAAGUUGGGGGUAUUUGUUGAAUUACUAUCAUAACUUUGAAAGUUUAUUGGUCUAGUCCAUAAAACGUGGACAUAAGAGUAAUCAAGUAUCACUGAACAUCCUGUGCGAAUUUCAGGUCACAUGACGAAGGUCAAAGGUCAAUGAACUUUGGCCAUGUGGGGGUAUCUGUUGAAUUACCAUCAUAACUUUGAAAUUUUAUGAAUCUGAUUCAUGAAACUUGGACAUAAGAGUAAUCAAGUAUCGUUGAACAGCCCGUCCGAGUUUCAGGUCACAUGACCAAGGUCAAAGGUCAUUUGAGGUCAAUGAACUUUGGCCAUGUUGAGGGUAUUUGUUGAAUUACCAUCAUAUAUCUGUACGUGUAUUGGUCUAGUUCAUAAAACGUGGACAUAAGAGUAACCAAGUAUCACUGAACAUCUUUUGCGAGUUUCAGGUCACAUGACCAAGGUCAAAGGUCAAUGGAAUUUAGCCAUGUUGGGGGUAUUUGUUGAAUUACCAUCAUAAAUCUGUAUAAGUAAGUAAUAAGUAUAUUGGCGCAGUUCAUAAAACUUGGACAUAAGAGUCAUCAAGUAUCACUGAACAUCUCAUGCAAGUUUCAGGUCACAUGACCAAAGUCAAAGGUCAUUUAAGGUCAUUGAACUUUGGCCGUUUUAGAGGUAAUUAUUAGAUUGCUGUCAUAACUUUCAAAGUUUAUAGAUAUAGUGUAUAAAAUGUGGAUAUAGGGGUAAUCAGGUAUCACUGACAAGUUUUAGGUCACAUGAUCAAGGUCAAAAAAUGUCAAUAAACGUAGUAUUGUAUCAUUAUAUGAAAGGUGUUUUUUGUGAAAAAUUAUUUUAUAGUAGUUUUCAAAGUCAGCACUGCUGCUACAUGUAUAUUGAAUCGCGUGAUGCAGGUGAGACAGCCAGAGGCGUUCCACUUGUUAAGAAGUGUUGGACCGAUUGGCCAAGGCUUCAAGGAGUACAUGUACCGUACGUUAGUAUGAAUAAAUUGCCAUGGAGGUAUUACAGGCAUGGUUUAGGCAGGGUUUGUGAGUUGGAGAUGGGCGGAUCAAGGAAGAAGCACAAGAGGAUGCACUCAAUGGUACAAAGUGAAAGUGACUGUGGAUGGCGGCAAGGAUGAGAUGAAUCUAGGGAACUGCAAAAUAAUACAUGACUCACUUCCACUGCAUGUUGAAUUGGCAAUUGUGACUCUGUGCCCAUAACAAUGAAAUUUAUGAAUUCAGAAUUCGCUUUUAAUCUAAAUUAGGUUUUUUUUAGUCUUGCCUACAUGGCAGAAGCAAGACAUAGAUGUACGUAUGCACAGCUUUCCGAUAUCGACGUCAUCAGCAUUGAAAUCAUAACUGAGGUUAAGUUUUUGAAAUGAUACCAUAACUUUUCAAAGUACAUGUACAUGUAUGAUAAUUCUUGAAACCUGGACCUCAGGGUAAUCUAGUAUCACUGGUCGCCUUGCAUGAGUUUAAGGUCAUGUGAUGAUCAAGAACAAAGGUCAUUUAUGGUCAUUGAACUUUGUCCAUGUGGCAGUAUCAAGAUUGAAAUCUUAACCAAGGUUAAGUUUUUGAAAUGUCAUAAUUUUGUUGGUGGAUCUAUUUCAUGAAACGUACUAAACACUUAAUGGUCAGUAAAGAUGUAUUUUAGAAAAUUGUUAAUGAGUAAAUUCAUUUAGUAAUUCAUAUUAAUCUGAUUUACAUUCACACAAACAUACAUGUAGCUGAAAUUUACAUAUAAUUUCCUGUCAUUAAAUGAUGAUAAUUGCAUGGAAUAAGUAAUCAUAUGUUAAAUAAUAGAACUAUAGGCCUAUCUGUUAUUAAUGGAAAUGCACACACGUAGCUUGUCCACUCAUACAUAUCUGAACUUUCAAGGAUUCUGGCUCAUAUCGCCCCCACAUUUACCUCAUUGCAAAUGAGCUGCCUUUCAUGUAUAACUACCCCCC